AUGCCAAGGAAAAAGGCCUUGAGUGGUAGACAGAAUCGUCUUAAAGACAAGAUUCGUAAGAGGGAGAAGAGGCAGAAGCAGGCCCUUCCCUUGUCAGAUGUCCCACCAGAUGAUACAGAAGCAGAAGCUGAUGUCUCUUGCUGGACAGUAGAUGGGGCUGUUACAGCUCCACCCGGUAAUUUUCCGGGGCAAGGCUUUAUAGGGUUGCCGCCUAUUGAGGAAAAACCCUUGGCCAGGUUGCAGGCCUCUCUUCGUGAGAAAAUGCAACCAACUGCCCUGAGUAACGCAUCUUCUCAGGGAAGUCGUCUGUGUGCCCGAAACGGAGGCAUGGCACCGUCCCCUGACUCCCCACCGUGGGUUUGUACCUCGCCGAGGGUACCUGAGCCGGACACCGUGCACGUGUCUGGCUCAGCAGGUCAGGCGCAGCUGGAUAUGUCAUCCUCUAAGGGGGAUGAGUCCAGCAGGAUAUUGAUUGAUGCAAACCAGAGUAAAAGAACGAGAUCUAAAAGGAAUACUAAAAGGAAUUUACAUGAUGAAAAUGAGAAUUUGUACAAUGUAUAUGAGAACAGUAAAUCAGAAUGUAGAAUUCCAAGACCUUGUGAUGGUGGACCAGCUAAUGAUUGCAUUGGUGAUAGCAGACCAGAAACAUCUAUCAAGGUAUCAGUUCAAGGUUCUUUUCAUCAGGGUAACUUGAUGUUUGGUGAAAAUGCAGGAACACAAUGUGUUGCCAACUCCUUAGCAGCAUUAGCAUAUCAUAAAAUUAAAAACUCAAAACAAUGGCAAACUUCAGAUAUGAAUAAAGUGUUAACAACAGGCGAUGAGCUUUACACAUACUUGCAGCGUAGUUCAACCAUUGUUAGUAGAUAUCUUUUAGUUGAUGAGUUGCCACAAUUUUUUGAGUGUUUUGAUACAAUGUUUGAGUUCAAAGCACAUGAACCUUUAUGCAGUCUGAUAAAUUUGUCUGAUGUAGAGCCAAAUUAUGAGGAAUUUAAUGCGCAUUCACUGUUAGAUGCACUGGAGAUUGCUCUUGGAGAUUCAAGUGGGUGUUUUGUGUGUUUCAGGGGAAAUACAUUUUUGGUGGGAAAAACAGAAGAUGGUUAUUUUACAUUUGAUUCACAUUCAAGAUCAUCAUCAGGGUGUAUGAGUUUAAAUGGAAAGAGUACAAGGAUACUAUAUCAAUCAGUUUACAACAUUUACAAUCACAUACUGUCAUUAGCAUUGUCAAUGGGAUUUUCUGGAAUUACUGAUUGUGAAAUAACAAGUGUGGAUUGUUCAGUGAGGCACUUUGCAUCUACUGAUAAAACUGAGCGCCUAGAAAUCAUAGAGAAAAAUGAAGAGCAAAAUUUGACAUUCCAAGAAAAUGCAAACAUCUCUAAUGUACAUACUGAGUCAGUUGAGGAUGAUGAUGUUGAGUUUGUUUACAGUGAAAGUCAAAACAUUAGAUUUUGUCCAAUAUCUCAAGGUAUGAAAGAACAACUUUGUCAGAUAAUGGGAAUACCACAUACAAAUAGAAUUGAUAAUGAUGUACAAUAUUGUCAUGUUCAAGAAGUGGGUGCACCGCUUGAGUGUGUUGAAAUUCAAAGGGAUGGUAAUUGUUUCUUCAGGGCUAUUUCAUUUUGUUUGACUGGAGUGGAGAAUUAUCACUUAGCAAUUCGAUCAGCAGUGUGUCAACACCUUCUCCACAAUAGUAUAUUGUUCAAACCUUUUGUUAGACAUGCAGAAAGUUCUGUAGAAAAUCAUUUUUCUCGAACAAAGAUGUCAAAUGAUGGUUCAUGGGCAACUGAACUAGAAAUAUUGGCUGUUUGUCAUCUAUUGAGUAUUGAUAUACACACAUAUACAGAAAAUCAUUGGAUUACAUACUCAAGACGAUUGAUGGAACCUUCUACAAAUACUCAGUCCAUAGGAUUCAUUUAUCUAGAUCAUGAGAAUCUGAAUCAUUAUAAUGUAGUGCUGACAGUUGCUGAGAAUGAAACAAUUGGUUCCGUAAAAACACGCACUGGUAAUGAGAGAUACAGGAAAAGAUGCAGAAAUCGAAACCGCAUGAGGAAUGUACGUGUCAGUUCUUCAACAAAAAAUUUAACCAAAGAUCAUGAAUUGAAACUAAAGAAUGUAAAUUGUAAGGAAAAGAAAUUAAGAUCAAAGAGACUUAAGUACAAGACUGAUUUGAAAUUUAGAUUAAAGGCAAUAGCAGAUGGAAAAGAUAGAUAUAGAUGUGAUGAAAUUUACCAAGCAAAAGCAAAAGAAAGGAGUGUGGAAAAAUACUCUUUGGAUGCAAAACACAAGUUGAAACUGAAGGAGGCAAACAAAAGAAAGUAUAAAACUGAUGAAUGUCAUAAUCAAUAUAUGAAGAAAAGAAGCAUUGAGAAAUAUAGUUCAAAUGUAGUGCAUAGAGAGAGUGUAAAAGAGAGAAGUACAGAGAAAUACAAGAAUGAUGAACUGCACAGAAUGGAUGUUAGGCAACGAAGUACAGAGAAGUACAAGAAUGAUGAAGUACACCAAAUGGAUGUUAGGCAAAGAAGUAAAGAGAAGUACAAGAAUGAUGAAGUACACCGAAUGGAUGUUAAGCAACGAAGUACAGAGAAGUACAAGAAUGAUGAACUGCACAGAAUGGAUGUUAGGCAACGAAGUACAGAGAAGUACAAGAAUGAUGAAGAACAUAAACAGAAGGUAAAGACUGCUAAUAAAAUGAAAUAUCAUUUCAGUGCUGAUGACAAAAAGAAGAAGAAAGAGGCAGUUUUUAAUCAGAGACAAAAACUGAGAGUAAAGCUUGAAGAUGAAGAAGAAGUUUUGACAUUUUUUAGGGAAAGUGUAAGAAAUGGUCCAGAAUACACAUGUUGCUGUUGUCAUCGUUUAUUGUUUGAACACCAAGUUCAAGGAUGCACUCUUGAAAUGUACAAAGAAAGACAUCAAGCACAUGAACUUGCAAAGGCAUGUGUACAGGAGAAAUACUGUCAUGAGUGUACAUUGUCUUGUCCAAAGCAUUGCCCACAGUCAUCAUUGUGGAUAUGUUUUACUUGUCAUAGGAAAAUAUUAAGUGGUAAUGUUCCAGCAGAGGCAGCUGUAAAUAAAAUGUCACUGGAGGAAAUUCCUAAUGAUCUAGCCAAUUUAAACAGUUUGGAGCAGCAUUUAAUUGCUUUACAUAUUCCUUUUAUGAAAGUGAUGGCUCUUCCACAAGGUGGUCAAAGAAAUGUACAUGGGCCUGUUGUUUGUGUGCCAUCAAAUAUAAAAAAGGCAACAAGUUUACCAAGAAGUUACGAUGACAAUCUCUUAUUAAGAGUUAAACUGAAACGCAAACUAGCUUACAAGGGAUAUUUUGAAUACCAAUUUGUCAAUCCAAAUCACAUAAAGAUGGCUCUUGAUUAUUUAAAGAAAAAAAACAAAUGGUAUCAGGAUGUUGAAAUCAAUACCAAUUGGGCGGGAAAUAGUGACCAAAAUGAUUUGCUACCAAAAGAGACCAUUGACCAAGACCAAGAGAAAUUUGAAGAUGAGGAAAUGAAAGAAGGUGAGAUUGAUCAGAGUACAGAGGUUGUUACUGAUACAUGCUUACAGCCUGUGGAUGUUGCGCAAGAAGUUCUCGAUCAUUACUUUGAUGACAUUUACAAUAUAGCACCAAGUGAAGGGAAAAAUCCAAUUCGAAUGUUGCAAGAAGAAGGUAACGAAGCAAAGACUUUUCCACAUUUAUUUCCAAGUGGAAACUUUUCUUGGAAUGAAAAUCGAGAUGUAAAGAUAACCCUAUCAAGGUAUUUUAACAACAGACUUAUGAAUGCAGAUAACAGAUUUGCUAAAGACACAAAUUACAUUUUCUUCUCUCAAUACAUGUCUGAAUUGAACCAAGUAAUCGAGAAAACACAAAUUUCAAUCCGAAAGUCUUUAUCAAAGCUUGAUAAUGGAAAAGCAAUGACAGCUGAAAUGUUACAGAAUCCAGAUGUUCUGUCUAAUCUCCUUAAGAAUAAUGAGGCUUUACGCUUUAUGCAACCUAUUCGAGGAACUCCUGCAUAUUGGUCAGCUACUCAGAAAGAUCUUUUUGCCAUGCUUCGACAACUAGGAAUUCCAACUUGGUUUUGUUCAUUUUCGGCGGCUGAGUUCAGGUGGAAUGAAAUUAUUGGAUCAAUAUUGCAUCAUGAUAAUGAUCCUAGAUCCCCUUCUGAUUUAGACUGGUCAGAGAAAAGUGAAAUUUUGAGAAGCAAUCCAGUAACUGUGGCAAGAAUGUUUGAACAUAGAUUCCAUAUGUUUCAAAGGCAUGUAAUUUUGUCACCAUCAAAACCAAUAGGGAAUGUUAUUGAUUAUUUUGUGAGAGUAGAAUUUCAACAAAGGGGUUCUCCACACAUGCACUGUUUGUACUGGGUUGAGAAUGCACCGAAAUUUGACGAAGACAAUGAGGAAACUGUUUGUGAUUUCAUUGAUAGAUAUAUCACAUGUGGUUUACCUUGUGAAAAUGAUGAUGCAGAGCUUCGAGGUAUUGUUCUAGAUGUUCAACAACACAGCAAGAGUCACUCAAAAUCAUGUAGGAAAAAGGGAACAGAUUGUAGGUUUCACUUUCCAAGACCACCAUCAGAAAGAACAUUUAUUACAAGGCAAUGUGAAAAAGAUGUUGAGGACUGUGAGAAUGGCAAAGGGUUGAGUAAAUCUCAAGCAAAAUAUAUUCUGUUACGUGUUUGGAAUGAAGUUCUUGAUGAUAUGAAUGGAUGCAAAACAACAGAGGAAAUAUUCUCCAAUAUACAAUUAUCUCAAGAUAUUUAUGAAGAAGCACAUAGGGUAUUAUCUGCAAAUUUAACUACUAUCUUGAAACGAAAUCCAGAUGAAAUGUGGACAAACCAGUACAACGCAUGCCUUCUGAAAUGCUGGGAUGCAAAUAUGGACAUACAGUAUAUCCUUGAUCCAUUCAGCUGCAUUGUGUAUAUAAUUUCAUACAUUUCAAAGUCAGAACGGGAAAUGGGAAUGCUGUUGAAACAAACGCAAGUAGAAUCUGCAGAAGGAAACUUAAGUGCUCGUCAAACGAUGAAGAAAAUUGGAUCAGCUUAUCUCAAUCAUAGAGAAGUAAGUGCCCAAGAAGCAGUAUACAGAAUCUGCAAUCUAAAAAUGAAAGAGAGUUCUAGAAAAGUUGUUUUUGUUCCUGUUGGUGAAAAUCCAACUCGACUGAGUAAACCUCUUUCACAAAUAAAAAGUGUACAAAAUGGUGAAAUUGAUAUGGAAGAUGAAGAUGACAGCAUUUGGAUGACAAAUAUAGUGGAAAGAUAUGAAAGUCGUCCAGAUUUACUUCCUUUUCCUGAAAUGUGUCUUGCAGAAUUUUGCUCCGAGUAUCGUGUUCUUGCAAAAUCUCAGAUUCCCCAUGGAGAAAAAGAAGGCGUUUAUAAAUUAAAGAAAGGUCAUGGUUACAUUCAGAAAAGAACAAGAGCUAAGCCAGCUGUAGUAAGAUAUCCCAGAUUCAAUCCAGAAAAUGCACCAGAAAAGUAUUUUCAAUCAAUACUGCAACUUUUCCUUCCGUAUUGGACUCAAGAUCAACUGAAACCGCAUGGAUUUGACUUUUAUCAGACAUUUUUUGAAAAUGGGUUUGUGAGAAUAGGAAGUGAAAACAGGUUGCAAUCUGUCAGAAGUGUAGUUGAAAAAAAUAGAGUAAUAUUCUCAAAGAAUGAAGAUGCCCUUGAAAAUGCGCAAGAAACUUUAGAAAUUUAUGGCGAACCUGAAGAUGCUUGGGCUAACCUGUGCCCAGAAACUGAAAAGAAUCGCGAAGAAUGUCUUAACGAAAAGAGGAGAACAGAAAAAUCAGAAAAUAGAGAACCAGAAGUCACUCAUGAAAUUGAACAUGACAACUCUUCGGAUGUUUUCUACUUGGUUCGUGAAUGGUGUUUGAAAAAAGUGGCUGGGAAGAAAAUAGAACCAUUACAUAUUUUUGUGACUGGAGGUGCAGGGACAGGAAAAAGCCAUCUGAUUAAGACUAUUCAGUAUGAAGCCUCGAGACUUUUAGAGAAAACGAUUUCGUCUCCUUCAGAUUUGUCUGUUCUUCUAACAGCUUUUACAGGAACCGCAGCUUUUAAUAUUGGGGGAAGCACAAUUCAUCACGUAUUUUCCUUAGCUAAAGCUCUACGCAUUCCAUACGAACCUCUGCAAGAACAAAGUUUAAGUGCAAUGAGGUCAAGGUUAGCUUCUUUGCAGAUUUUAAUCAUUGAUGAAGUAUCUAUGGUUUACAAGCGACUCUUGUACUACGUUCACGAACGCCUGGUGCAAAUCAAAAAAUGCAGGGAACCCUUUGGUGGUAUUUCAGUUAUAGCUGUUGGAGAUUUUUACCAACUACCUCCUGUGAAACAACGAAAGGUGGAAAUAUUGUACGAAGAAAAUGGUGAAUAUCCUGUAGAUUACUGGUUAGACUUCUUCAAAAUCGUUGAGUUGGAGGAAAUAAUGAGACAACGCGACGACGCUGCAUUUGCUUCAGUUUUGAAUUCACUGAGGAUUCGAACAAUAGAGGAACCACUAUCGGAAGAGGCAAUAUCAAUGUUAAAAGAAUGCAUUAGGAAAGGACCAGAUGAAGCACUUCAUGUAUAUCCUACAAACGAAGAAACAAAUGAACAUAAUCUGAAGAUGCUGCGAUCAAACUGUGGAGAAUUGAUAGAGAUUGCUGCUGAAGAUUAUCAGAAAGACAAUACUACUGGAAAGUUGACUCUACGUGAGAAACCCUUCAUAAGGACAAGAACAGAUGGGCUCUCUGCUUCUUUACUUUUUUCAAUAAAUGCAAGAGUAAUGCUGACGAGAAAUAUCAAUGUCGAAGAUGGACUUGUAAAUGGUGCAAUGGGGCAUAUUUCAGAUUUUGAGUAUGGAGAAGCUCAGCAAAUUAACAGAGUAGAAGGAAUUAGAAUAAUUUUUGAUAGUGAGGAUGUUGGAAGACUGCAAGGAAAAAAGACAAGCCAUGGAAAUGAGGUAUUGAUUCAAAGAUUACAAGAAGACAUCAAGGAGAAAAAUACAAAGAAUGUUGUUCGUCACCAGUUUCCUUUGAAACUUGCAUGGGCAUGUACAGCACAUAAAGUUCAAGGCAUGACAAUAAACAGAGUUGUUGUAAAUUUAGACCGCACUUUCGCCCCAGGACAGGCAUACGUUGCAAUAAGCCGUGUCACUUCACAAAAUGGUUUAUUCAUAGAAACAAAAGAUGAAAAUGCAUUGCUAAAGAAAAUUUACGCUAAUCCAGAGAUAAAAUCAGCACUGCUAAAGAUGGAAAAAUUAAUCCCCAAAGACGUUUGUCCGCAAUGCUGCACUGAAAAGGGAAGUUUCAUAACAAUUGUUCUGCUUAAUGUGCAGAGUUUAAGGGGACAUAUUCUAGACCUAAAAAGUGAUACCAGAUUGCUCCAAGCAGACUUUAUAUGUCUUACAGAAACAUGGCUGAUGGACAAUGAGAGUAUGAAGGACUUCGAAAUUCAGGACUUUGAAUUCAACCACACCACAAGAAAGCAGUCAUACGAUGAAAGUAUGAAUGGUUUUGCUAAACUUAGAUCAGCCAAAGGAGGAGGUGUCGGUAUUUACAAGAAGAAAAAGGAAAACGCUCUAGUUUGUGAUUUACCUGAAAAAAAUAUUGAGGGAAUGGCUAUAGAGCUUUACGAGGAAAACACUGUAAUCAUAGUUGUAUAUCGACCAAGUGUUCUCAGUAUCAGAUGCUUUCUUGAUGGUCUAAAAAAGAUUGUAGACUUUUUCAAGGUACGGUAUUCCCAUUGCAUUGUACUUGGAGAUUUUAAUGAAGAUGCACAAUUUGAUGGACCGAUUCAAAGAAUGUUCGAGAUUAGUGGAUUUCUACAGAAAGUACACUUUGCAACAACAGAGGGCAAUACUAUACUAGAUCAUGUAUAUAUCACAGAACAGAUGGAAACAAGUGUAGAGGUCAUGCCAGUUUAUUAUAGCUAUCAUAAGGCUGUGAUAGUGAAUUUAAAACAACACUAA